GGUCCUGUUUUCCAAUCGACUGCUUUUUUCCCGACAAAACCAUGACUCCCGUGGCAGAAAAGACCCAGGCAGCGCCUGCAACUCACAAGCAGCCUUCCCGUAAGGGCAAGAAAGCAUGGCGCAAGAACGUCGACAUUACAGAGCUGCAGGAAGGUGUUGAAGAUGUCCGCGACCAGAUCAUCCAAGGUGGUGUUUUGACCGAGAGACCUGCCGACGAGCUUUUCGUUACCGACAUCAAGGGCUCCGACUCUGUACAAGCAGACUUCAACAAACGCCACAAGCCUCUCAAGGCCGACGAGAUUAUCGCACAACGCUCCAAAGUACCCGCAGUGGACAGCAGGAAACGUAAGGCCGAUGGAAUCGCAACCGGAAGCAGCAAGCGCAACAAGAACGGCACUUUUGUCUCCCACAAGGACCUCCAGCAUCUUCGCAGCGUCGCAAACUCUGGCGGUGCCCAGACCGAUAUCAUCAAGGCUACCGAGAGCGCUGAUCACGAUCCCUGGGGCAUGGAGCCUUUGCCUCAGGACCCCAGAUUCUCUUUCAUUCCGGAAAAGAAGGCCAAGGUUGCUCCUAAGACCCUGAAAUACGCUCCUAUCUCGCUGGCUGCCAACGGCAAGCCCUUCGCCGCUGUGCCCAAGCCAUCUGCUGGAAAAAGUUACAACCCCACCUUUGAGGACUGGGACGCACACGUUACCAAGGUUGGUGAGCGUGAGGUUGCAGCCGAGCGCAAGCGUCUGCAAGAGGCUCAGGAAGAGCACGAUCGUCUGGAGAAGGCCCUCGCCGAGGCAGCAAGACCCGAGCCCUCGACCGAUGACGAAUACCAAUCAGCAUACGAGAGUGAGUGGGAAGGUAUCCAGAGCGAAGCCGAGGAUUCUGGAGCCGUUACCAAGAAGCGACCGGAGAGAAAGACGCCAUCUCAGAGAAACAAGAUCAAGAGAAGAAAGGAGUUGGAGCACAAGGCAAAGUGGGACAAGCAGAUGAAGAAGAAGGAAGAGCAACUGGAACGUGUCAAGGAGAUUGCCCUCCAGCUGGCUGAGAAGGAACGUCUACUUGCAGAGCAAAAGGCCCUGCAACCCACCGGUGCUGGUGCAGAGGCUAAUGUUGACGCUGAGAUCAACGACGAGGAUGAGAACGAAGUGCUGCGCCGUCGUAACCUUGGCAAGCAUGCCGUUCCCGAUGCACCCCUUGAAGUUGUUCUCGCAGACGAGCUCCAAGACUCGCUCCGUGCGCUGAGGCCUGAGGGUAACCUCCUCAAGGACCGUUACAGAAACAUGCUGUUGAACGGCAAGCUCGAGACUCGCCGUACCAUGCAACACAAGAAGCCCAAGAGAGAGGUUACGGAGAAGUGGAGCUACAAGGACUGGAAGCUGCGCUAAAUGCUUCGUCAGUCUCUUGUGAUGACGGGGGAGCAGAACGAUGUGAUUUUUACAUAUUCUUGAUACCAGCAACAUGUCUGGGUUACUUGUUGCAUCUGCCUGGCGUUGGGGGAUAUUCAUGUAGAGUUCAGGCAUGAGGACGAUCUGUUUAGCGAUAGAACAAAAGGAGAAAAUGGCAUCUGCGGUU